CCCAACCCUAAAUCGGUAUCCCCUCCCCUAAUCGGCUAACCCUUCUCUGCUUCUCGUCUUCUCCAAUCUCCGAUGGUCGGUUUUCCAGAAAACUACAUCAGCCUUCGAGACCUGUACGCCAAGACAAAUGAAUUCUGCAGAAGAGCUCCUCAGACAGUUCAAUGCCAGUAGAAAGGCGGCUCCAAGACAAAUGAAUUCUGCAGAAGAGGCCCUCAGACACUUCAAUGCCGGUAAACAGGCGGUUCAGCAGAGAGCCGUGGAGGUUCCAAGAGAGGCUGCCGAUGAUCCGCUUGCUGCAUUAAAGGCAAGACUAGAGAGAUUUGCUGAACAGACUCCUCCUCCCAUUCCAGCUGAGAACUUGCUAUUAUAUAAUGAUGUGCCAGACAUUCUCGACCACUUGGAGAAGGAGAAAACAGACUUCAGGGAUGAUCAAUUCCUAGAGAGUGAGGGUUUCUAUUUAUUCAAAACUGAUCUUGGAACUCUUGCUGAACUCGGAAGGACUGUCUUGCCUAUGUUAGCGCGUGGAUUCGAUACAAAAGGAGUUAUAGGACUCUUUUUAUUGGCAUAUAACUUAAGGAUACCUUAUACUGGUGGAGAAGGCCAGGUUUUUGAAGACAUUGCUCCAGAUUUCUCAUUUUUUGAUGCUUAUGGACCUUAUGUUGCCAAUGUCCAAUAUUCUGGACACCACUUUGACAAUGGAUAUAAAGCUACUUUAGAUCCUAUCAAAGAAGCAAUUUACUUCUGUUUCAUUGCUGCCUCAACACUAAGGCUGUUCAUAAAGCCAGUUGAUAACUACAUUGGAGCAUGGCAAAAUAUUAUCAGUAAGUUUAUUACUUUCUAUGGAUUCCCUGCCCCUCUGGUUUUAAUGGCUCCUACAAAAGAGGCUCUGGCUGGCUUACAUUGUGCCUUUGCAUACGACGAACGCAUGAAGAUGACAUUGUAUAAAAUCUUAUAUAGUUCAAAAAGAGAGCGCGAAUUAGACGGGUUAAGAAGGUUCCUAUAUGAAACACAUCUCGUGAACACUGGUCUUCAUGCUGUUGGAAUCUUUGCCCAGCUGAGUGUGACACUCAACGUGCGCAGUUCAAAGAUCUUACAGGCACUGCACACUGGGGAAUUUGCUAAACAGACAAACGCUCUGGCUGAAAUGGUUAGAAUGAUGACGUCUAAAGAGCCGGCCUAUGCAAGGAGGAUGUGGAGAUUUGGAAGAAUCUUUAAUGAGAAUUUCAUGAGUAGUCUUCGGACCAAAGCGUGCCCGAGAUUUGUGUACAUAUUAGCCAGCAUGUUGAAGAGAGAGGACCCUGCAAAAUGUGGAAAUAUCCUUCAUAUUGUACCUCUUAGCAGCUUAAGUGAAGAUAUCAAGCUGAGAUGUCAGGCCGUUGCCAAGAUGCUGUUAAACCAAAUUCGUAACCCUGUUACUCUCCCAAUUCAACAAAUCGAAGAUGAUAGUGUACCCAAAGGGGUGGAACCAGAUUAUGAGAGGGAUUUGAAAGAGCUGGGUAAGUGCUGUGAAACCGUGGCAGACGCCAUCACAAACUUAGAAAGAAAUAUCACAGAAGUGUCUAAAAAAUACCCAGACUCGCCACAAGUAAACCGUUAUAAGGAAAUGGCUACUAUUUUGAUGGGUCACAGCUCUUUAACCCAAAAGGCUAACCAGCUUAAGGCCAUGGCUGCUAACGAUACUUGUGGAUAAAACUUCUGGCACCAAACAGUUUGAGAUUUACAGGUUUCAUGGCACAGGUUAUUAGCUGAUGUGGUGCUUAUUUCUGCUUAUUGACGUGUUCUUUUUUACUGAUGUGUCCGAUGACAAAGCAGCCGUUGCCCAGAGGCGCGGAGUUAAUGCCCAAUCACACUCUCUGAUUUCACGUAUUCACCACAUGGAGGUGGUAAAGAUUAAUAUAUGUUAUGAAAGACAAUGGUGCGGCAUGAACAAUCCGAUAUAAUUUAUAAUGCAGGAUGACGCUUUAGCCAA